AAGAAUUAUACCCAGCACCAAAUAAUCUUCACAAAUGCACUGCAGUUAUUAUUUCUCCAGCCUUGUGUGGCUCUUUCUUCUGUGUCAAGGAAAGUUUAUUUUGUGUCAAAAAGUUCACAGCACUGACUAUCCAGUUACAUCCUACCUUCCUGGAUUUGGGAAUCUCACUAAGGGAUAUAACAAAUAUCUCCGGCCAAAUUUUGGAGGAAAACCUGUGACAAUAGCAAUGACCCUUGAUGUUGCCAGUAUUUCCAGCAUUUCAGAAAGUGAUAUGGACUAUACUGCAACAAUAUAUUUGCGACAACGCUGGACCGAUCCCCGUCUGGUUUUUAAGGGAAACCGAAGUUUUACUCUGGACGCCCGGCUGGUGAAAUACCUAUGGGUACCUGACACAUAUAUUGUGGAGUCAAAAAGAUCUUUCUUACAUGAAGUUACAGUAGAGAAUCGGCUUAUACGGUUGUUCUCCAAUGGGACUGUCUUGUAUGCUUUGCGAAUCACCACCACUGUUGCAUGUAACAUGGAUCUUUCCAAAUAUCCACUGGAUACACAGACCUGUAAGCUGCAGAUGGAAAGCUGGGGAUAUGAUGAAAAUGAUGUACGUUUCAUGUGGCUGAGGGGAAAUGAUUCUGUCCAUGGCCUUGAGAAUUUGCGACUCUCACAGUACACAGUGGAACAUUUUUACACGCUUGUAACCAGGUCGCGUCAAGAAACAGGCAUUUAUCCAAGACUGGUCUUGCAAUUUGCGCUCAAGAGAAAUAUCCUUUAUUUUAUUCUGGAAACUUAUGUGCCCAGCAGUCUACUUGUCAUUUUAUCUUGGGUUUCUUUCUGGAUCACCCUGGAUUCAGUUCCUGCAAGAACAUGUAUCGGUGUGACCACAGUUCUCUCAAUGACAACUUUGAUGAUGGGGUCCCGAAAGUCAAUAACAAAUGCCAAUGGUUUCAUAAAAGCCAUUGACAUUUACCUGGGCAUCUGCUUCAGCUUUAUAUUUGGGGCUUUGGUGGAAUAUGCAGUAGCACAUUACAUCACAUCACAUAAACAUGCAGCUAAUGAGACCCAGAAGACUUCUACAAAAGAUUCCACCAGAGAAGCUGAAAAUAAAAUCACCAUUGAUAUCUUCAAUACAUCACUCACUGCCAAUCUCAAUCAAAAAAUAAAUUUUGUCUAUAUUGAUAAUGACUUUUGCAACAGCUUACCCUUGAGCCCAAAGGAUAAAAUUCAGUGCCUCUUGAAGAACAAAUUUCAGAAAUUCACCAGCUAUUUCACAAUUCAAAAUCCAAGCAAGAUUGAUCGCUAUUCGAAAUGGUUAUUUCCUUUUUUUUUCAUGUUAGUCAAUCUGUUCUACUGGGGCUAUUAUUUGAUUUUCUAG